CUGCAGCUCGUGUGCUGAUGAAAACAGUGGGGUCAGAGGUGAAUGUCUGACUAAACUCGAGAUGGAUUCUAUAUUUCAUGAAAAACAAGAGGGAUCUCUCUGUGCCCAGCACUGCCUGAACAACCUUCUGCAGGGGGAGUAUUUCACUCCAGUGGACCUGUCCUCCAUCGCUCAGCAGCUGGAUGAGGAGGAGAGGAUACGGAUGGCUGAGGGGGGCGUGGGCAGUGAGGAGUACAGGACCUUUCUUCAGCAACCUUCCGGUAACAUGGAUGACAGCGGUUUCUUCUCAAUACAAGUCAUUAGCAAUGCUCUCAGUGUGUGGGGUUUAGAAUUAAUUCUUUUCAACAGCCGGGAAUACCAGAGUCUGAUGAUAAAUCCCAUAAAUGAGAAAGCGUUUAUCUGCAACUACAAAGAACAUUGGUUCACUAUUCGCAAACUAGGACAGCAGUGGUUUAACUUGAAUUCAUUGCUGACUGGGCCUGAAUUAAUAUCAGACACAUAUCUAGCACUUUUCCUAGCACAGCUACAACAAGAAGGUUAUUCCAUUUUUGUGAUCAGAGGCAACCUGCCGGAGUGCGAAGCAGAGCAGAUUCUGGCGAUCAUGAGAGUCCAUCAACAGCAGCGGCCCCGACUCAUUGGAGAAGAAGAGGGACAAACAAGCUCAGGUAGCAGGUCUGUGGCUUUGGGCCAGAAUGAGAUGGGCGUUGGUGUGGAGGAGGAUAUAGUGGAUGAGGACGAGGAGCUAAAGAGGGCCUUAGCACUCAGCAGACAGGACAUAGAUGUGGAAGACGAGGAGGCUGACCUGCGCAGGGCUAUACAGAUGAGCAUGCAAGGGGCUGUAAUGAGCAACACCUCAUCAGAACUUCAAACAGGAAAAGUCCAGUCAAGCAGCCAGACAGCUGUAGGAUCACAAAGGGAAGGCCAAGGUGAGACGCUCACAGCUGAAGAGCUGAGGAAGAAGAGGCAGGCCUACUUUGACCGACAACAGCAACAAGCCCAAUCCAACAUUCCUCAACAACAAGAGACAAAGUCAUGUGACAGCUCCGCAUCAGAGACAUUGACCAAGCCGGACGAGCAGCACAAGCAGCCCUGAAGACUGCCUCAGUUCCCAGCUGCCUUGUAUUGGUGUCCCCAUAAGGGGUAGCUUCGCUCCUUCCUUUAAUCUUUUGCACAUGCGGACAAGGACAGUCAGAGGACUGAUAUAAUGGUUGGCUGGUUAGUUCACUUCCAGGCCAUACAGAAGAGAUGGACAUGCAAGAAGAGGAAGUCUCAAACUAACUCAGCUUUGCUGGAAAAGGUGUGACCAUGGAAAUUCAUGACGCAUUUUAUCCAAGAUUGCAAAUGCCUUUUUACCAUGGCGCCUUCAAUUUCUAUAGUACAAUGUUUUAAUUCCUUUCCUUUGGGAGGUAUAGACAGAGUAUAAAGCAUGCAGCUGCUGUGUUUACAUGUAAAUGCACACUGUCGGUGGCACUCUGAAGGUCACUGGAGACCAAAAGGUAAGCCAUAGGUAAAGAUUUUAAUGUAAUGGACCUGAGUUUGUAGGCCUUUUAAUGCAUUCUACUCCAACCACCGCAUAGUUUUAAAGAAAUGUACUGUACACUUCUGGCCACAUUUAGAUGAACAUACACUGGCUUUUUCAAUCUUCAUUAUAUUAUUAUAGCUUUGUUUUUUGCUCAGCACUUACAAUCUAUUCCACUCUAUAGCAUCCGAUCGUUCUCUGUGCUGAUGCUAUAUUUGACCAACAGCUUUAACAGAUGCUAGUGCAUAAAACACAUCUCAUAACCAAACACAUUAUUUUUGACUCAUCCAGAUACUUCAAGAAGUGUGUGGUCUUGUACCUCUCCAGUACUUAGGAUAUCAUUUUAAAACAUGGUAUGAAGCAAAACAAGAAUAAAAACAAAUCUGUGUAGCACUGCUGAUGGUUUGUUGGUACAAUCCAGAUAAUUGCACUAAUUGGAGACCUGCUGUGUUUUGAUAAAGCAACAGUAUUUAAAACAUAAAUUAUUACUCUCUUGUUGCCAUGGUUCAAGCAGUUUGAUUUAUCAUGUUGAAAAGUAAUUAAUUUUGUCCCUCUGGGCUGAAGUGAAUCAUUUGUGUUGGACAAUGAUACGCCAACAGUAAAGAUGACUGUUAUACAACUCCAAAGAAUCAUUCAACAUUUGACUCUUUUUUCCUUAUAAUUUCAACCCCCACCAAUAUUGAGUUUGCUGUGAUCCUAUUUUCCAUAGAUAAAAUAUAGUUUACACUCUUUCUGUUGUAACAUAUCUGUAAAAUUAGUGCUUUAGUAAAAGAAUGACACCUCCACUUGAAUUGAUAAUGUCAUAUCUUUUCCUCAGCUUUAGGUAUUUUAUUGAAUUAUGUCGGUAUCUGGGUUUUACUCCUUUGUACUCACUACAUUCUAACUAUAAGCACUAAUUCCUCUUUUUUGGUUGUAUGUUGAAGUUGAACAUGGUUUGAUUAUUAGUUCUAAAAUUAAAUGGAUGUUCACCUA